UGAGGUUCUAGACAACUCAAAUGUUACUUAAAGAGGCUGAGCCCAGUUUGACUCUGCUGCUUUGGACCUCCUACCUGCUCAUAUCACCCCACCUUCCCGAUCCUAUAAAGGAAUGAAUAUAGCAGAUCUCUGUCUCUUUGGUGGAAGGUGCAUGGACUAAAUCAUACAGACCUACAUCCUUAAGAGAUCCUCUGCCAACAAAGUGUACAGACAGUAUGGCACACCAUAUCCACCCAAUAAUUGGGGAUCUCUACAGACACACUGACCCCGUACCAGAGGAUACACCAAAGGUCCAUGGCUACGACUUCAACCAAGGAGUGGACCACCGUGCCCUGCUGCAGUCCUAUCUCAACACAGGCUUCCAGGCUACUCACUUUGGCUUGGCUAUCCAGGAGAUCAACAACAUGAUUGAGAGGCGUCAGCAACCGCUGAAGAGGGUGAAUGGAACGGUUGAGGAAGAUCCAUCAACCUGCCCCUGCCUCCAGAGCUGCACCAUCUUCCUCGGUUACACUUCAAAUCUCAUCAGCUGUGGCAUCAGGGAGACUAUCCGCUACCUUGUAGAGCACAAAAUGGUGGAUGUCUUGGUGACAACAGCUGGAGGUAUAGAGGAGGAUCUGAUCAAGUGUUUGGGCCCGGUUUACAUGGGAGAAUUUACUCUGCCCGGCAAGGAUCUGUAUAAAAAAGGUCUUAACAGGCAAGGGAACGUCCUGAUGCCGGAUGAAAACUAUGCAAAAUUUGACCAAUGGAUGGUGCCGAUCCUGAAGGAGAUGUUGGUGGAGCAGAGAAAUCAGGGCGUUCGCUGGACUCCAUCUAAGGUGAUCCAGCGGCUGGGCAAGGAGAUUGACAACCCUGAAUCUGUUUACUACUGGGCCUACAAGAAUAACAUCCCAGUGUUCUGCCCUGCCCUGACAGACGGCGCUAUAGGAGACCAAUUCUAUCUCUUCUCACAAGAGAACCCCGACAUUAUGUUGGAUAUAGUUGAAGAUGUUUCAAAGUUGAACAACCUUGUGGCGGCUGCCAACAGCACAGGGAUUAUCACCCUGGGAGGAGGUGUAGCCAAACACCACAUAUGCAACGCCAAUUCCUGGAGGGAUGGAGCUGACUAUGCGGUGUACGUGAACACGGCUCAGGAGUUUGAUGGAUGUGACUCAGGGGCCAGACCUGAUGAGGCCGUGUCAUGGGGCAAGAUCACAGCAGAAGCUAAACCAGUGAAGGUUUUCGGAGAUGCUACCAUAAUCUUCCCGUUAUUGGUGGCAGAGACCUUCGCAGUUCACGCUAACACAACUACCAGCAAGGGGAAAAAAUAAAAUCAAGGCCUCUUCUCAUCUUUUAUCAAUAGAUGCAAUACUUUUUCAUUAUCUCUGUCUCUUUUUUCAGACUUUUGGCUUUACAGAUGUCUUUGUUUCUCAUGGUGAACUUCUCAACUUAUCAUUCCAGGAAUAUACUUUUCUCUGACCUGCUUGAGGGGCAAUUUCAUCUGAUUGCUAUGGCCUGCUCAGUUGCUCAGCUGCCAUUCCCGUUUGUCUGGUUGCACGAGUCUUCAAAAUGGCCACAAUUAGGAACUCCUCAAGCAUGAGAAAUAUUUACACGCAUGAUAACUUUGCUUGACCCGACCUGGUUUCAGUAUGUUUGAGUGCAGGCAAGUUUAUGGAGUCGUUAGGUUGGCACAGUCUAAUAAGAGGUGUUUUGUUGAGUUGGGUCCACGGCACAGACUAGGCUCAAUAGUGUCCUGGAUCCACGCUCUUCUUUACCUGCACCCAUAAACUCAACGCUGCCCUCCGAACCUUGCGCACACUGUUUGACUGACAUCAGUCUCUGGUGCUGCAUCCUUGCUUAUGGUUUUGUCCUCGAUUGCAUAACUAUUUCUCAGGUCUCUUAAAUGGAGACCUUUGAAAACUCUGCUGUCCCUGCUAUAGUCUGAAAACUCCAGUGUUUUGGAAACAAUUACCUAUGUUCGCUUUCUGAUUGGGUCAUAUCAGUCACGACGUGUCAAGCCACAUUGUGACAGCUAUAGGUCGACAUACCAUUUCUGAUUUAACAAUCCUGUUUGAGUACUCCUUUCACAUUGCCAUGCCUUCAUCUGGUGAUGUGUAAUGCUCCUGGUACUGCACUGAUAUGUUGCUGUAUUUGCUUUGCAAUGAUUGCCAUCUGUUUUCGGCCGCCUUGACCACCUUAUACUUAUGUGUCACUUUCAGUAGCAGUUCCACCUUACUGUUAGAGUAGACAAUCUGCUUCCUAUUUACACCGGCAUGCCCAGUGUACGCAAAUGGUCAUGUGAUAUGUGUUUUCAGAAGUGUUGGCAUGGAUGGAGAUUAUUUCUGUACUGGUGCUGUAAAAGCUUGUGUGCAGAGAUCGAGGGUGGAUCAUGGGAAGUACCACCAAUUGGUCCAGGAGCUUCGCAUCCAUGAAUGCCAUUUACAGGCAUAUUUUAUAUGACUUGGGGGCAGUUUGACAACCUGUUGUCUAUUGUUGGGCUGUAUACUGUAGCUCUGGGUAUCCAGCAACCACUACUACCAGUUUCUAUCAGUAAACUUGUCGUGACCACUAUAGAAGGUCAAAUCAUGCAAUUGGACAAUGGGAAAAAUUACAAUAAAAAAGAGAUGAUGUGGGGCGCUCUUUUGCUCCGAGGCAAGAGCAAAAACUUAAUCCAUAGUUAAAACAAUUUCAGAAAGGUGCCUCCAGCUGUUAAAACGCUUCCUGUGUGAUCAGGGCCAAAGCCAUCAAGCAGUGGUAGCCAGCUGGGAUGGACAUAGAGGGCCAGUCUUAAAUUGGUAGCUGGUAGUUGGUUGUCUCCUGGUUGGUCAGAACUGUAACCCCAGCAGGCUAGGCACAAGCCCAGGGCCCCAAAGUGUCAGCCCCCACUGCAGCUUUUAUUAGUGUUAUUUUUAAACCUGUGUUUGACAGGUCAACAUGUCUUAAUCCAUACAGAACAGAACAGAUCUUUGUGGUAUACCAUGCUGACUUCAAUGGGUUAUAUAUAUUAAAAUCCAUAAACAGGCUGGCAGUUCGAGGCAUGACCCAUCAAGUAAGGCAAGGGCUAACUUUUGAAGAAUUGUUGUUUUUACUUGAAUCUAUCUGGUUGAAGGUGCUUAUUCACAUGUUGAUGCUAUGCUAAAAAAUCAA